AUGGGCAAGAUAACGAAGACCCUGCAACCAAAGCACAAGGAGUCGAAUACUCCAUGGCUUCAAGAGUUUGUUCAGAGAGCGUCUACCACACAAUUACCAGAUCUGCCCGCUGUCCUCCAUAGCUUCCCUACGAGAUGGCCUUUUCCUAGAGGCGAUCUUUACCACUGGAUCCCACUACUCAACAAAUUCGACACCGUUCUCGAAUCCUUUGUUGCCAUCUACAAGCUCAGUGAUGGCACACAGACACGGGAUUUCGGUUCCGAUGUCAUUCUUCAGCUCGACCCCCAAGAUGCAGCCCCAAGCGACACUAAGCCGUUCGAUGCAACAUAUCUGAGGAACCAAGGAUACGGAGAGAAUGCGGAUGCUGUGUUGGUGCGUGCGGUCCUCCAGUUCACAGAGAUGCUACUGCAUCAUUGCGGAAACAGGAGCAUUUACGCCAGCAGUUCACAUCUCAAUGAUCUGCUGAACAGCACGGAUCUUGAUAUCGUCUGUGCUACCUUGCGCGUAGGGGUGGAACUCGCCAAACGCUACCAGGCCUCGGUUAAGCGUCUCAGAAACUCGAGCUUCUCAGUCACAUCUGCCCUGUUGUUGAAUCACUACAAUAUCGAUCUAUACAAGGUUCAUCAGCUGGCGCAGCCCUUCGUGAAGACUCCGAUUAUCAAGCCUGCGGUGGAACCUCACAGCCUAUCCACUCCAACAGCAAGCAGCAAGGGCAAACCACCCACCAGUAAAGCUGUCAACUCCAUGUAUGCCAACGAUCUCUGCGCUAUCGCGAAAGAGACACCCUCGGACGAAUCACGGUGGCAAGGUUGGGGAGAUGUCCGAGUUCCUUACUACCCAGUGUCUAGUGCUCCAGAGCCCCAGGAGCCACAGCCGGUGCAGCAGCGCAUUGAAUUGUCCUCAACGCCUUCAACACCCACCCCUCUACGACGCAGCAACUCGGCUAAUGUUGUCCAAACUACACCCCGCUCUGCGAGGCAGUCUAUGCCAGACGACACACCAUUACCGGGUCUCCGUUCUCCUGCAUUUGGUGGCACCGAGUCUGCAGGAUCAGCACAGAAGUCUGUCGAUCUUCCACAUUCUGCGGUUGUUACAUCGCCGAUCUAUAAGCUCCUGGAUCGUGCUCCCUCAGACUUGCCCAAGGAAAGCCGCUAUGACUUCCUCAAUCGUGUUCGCGUAGCGAAGGCAUUGACUGGCAACGUUUCCUCCAGAGAACAAGCACUCAAAGCACGUCUGCUCGCAAUCGAGAAUCUGGCUUACAUACAUCAAGAGUCUGCUUUCGUCGACAAGGCCUUGAAGCAAGACAGUGACGAACCCCGCCGAUUCCAACUGAUCUAUCAACUCGCUGAGCUGAUUCGUCCAUCGUCAGAUGGAUCCAGUAGUGUCUCGCGUGACGUCCAAGCCAUCGCCCUUUCGCUGUUGGAUGUGCUCACGACGAACAUACACAGUAAAAUCCCUGAUAUAUUUUCCGCUCUUAAUGCGACGGUCAACCACGGAGUCUUGCUGUACGUCAUAAGGAAAGCAGUUGCGGAGAUGAAGGAGGAUGACGCCGGCGAAGGUUACACUGUUGAGGAUGAGUGGCGCGAUAAUCUAUUCUCACUCACGCAUCAUGUUACCUUGGCCAUGGCUAAUACUUCACGAAAUACGCCUGAGAUCAUAUCCGCUGGCUUGUUUGAUAUCAUGGUCGAGAUUCUUGCCAUCCGUUCCAACGUUGCCGAACGAAUGUAUUCAACACUUCUCGCGAAUCUUGAUAGCUUGAUUAGUUACGUGCAAUCGCCGUCCUUCAGCAUUAUCAGUGCAGAAGGCCUGGACGCUAUCACCGAUCUCAUUACCCACGAGGUUGAUCUGGCCAGAAAACUUGUAGCCGACGGAAAAGGAACCCCACGAAGCUGGCGUUCCCAAAUCGUGGACUACGAUGUUCCCUUUUGGCAACAACAGAAUCUGAAAUUCCUCCUCAAGUUCAUUCACCACCUGAUGACGAACGCAUUCGCUUUUGGUGGAAAUACUGAUCGACUCCUAAGAAACCUGGUCGACAAAUCUACGUUGUUGCAAAGUUUGCGUGAGAUCAUCACGAACGGCGAUGUCUUCGGGUCGCUUGUUUGGACUAGUACAGCCAAUUCGCUCAGCGAUUUCCUCAACAACGAUCCUACUAGUUUCGCUGCAAUCUCUGAAGCUGGUCUAGUCCAAUGCUUCCUCGAGUCUAUCACUGGACGUCCGGUGACGGUAGAAGAAUCUGCGGGGCCUGGUGAUAGCAAUAGCCAAGACACACCAUCUUCUCUCAUCGCUGUUGAUGAUCGACCGCAUCCUCCUACACAAGAGAUGCUUCAGACACCUCGAACGGGUACUUUGGCAGGUGGUAUACGUGCUACUAGCGAAGCCAUAACCGCCGUUCCUACGGUGCUUAAUGCUAUCUCGCUGAACAAUCAAGGCAUUAAAAUGGUUGCGUCGUCCCGUGCUUUUGAAAGUUACUUUGAAAUAUUUGAGAGUCCGGAGCAUGUACGCAUCAUGUCUGCUAAUGACCCUGAACUUGCUGCGAAUGUCGGCAACCAUUUCGACGAACUGGCCCGCCAUCAUCCCGCACUGCGUCCGGCGAUUACAAAUGCCGUCGUCGAUAUGGUGGCGAGGAUCGUUUACCUAUCCAACCAAAAAGCAUCAGCAUCAGGUCUAGGAGCAAAACUUGUGACUCAUGAUGUCAGUGCUUCCAGCCCGGCCGACACGGAUGCCAACGGUAUCGAGUGGGACUCUGAAGGCAGCCACUUGCGGUUUGGUCCAGAGAUGUCUCCUCCACAGCAGUCUGCCUUGCCCUAUAUUUACGCCACUGCAUCAUUUUUGCAGCAAUACGUGGGAAAUCAACAGCUCAGACAGUCUCUAGUACAAAAGGGCUUAAUCGAGUACCUGCUGGAUCUUUGUACUAGUCCGAGCCUGCCGCACCGUUUCGGCGAGUCUGGUGCUGCGCGUUCGCUACAUCAGGUUAUCGCCCAACUCGUUGAGACUUCGCCCGUUCUAGGGAUUCCGUCGUUGGUCAGACGGAUUCGCAAGUCAUUGGAAGCAUUGGAACCCCUGACAACUUCAUCAACCUCGGAAUCUUUCUUCGUACGAUAUUUGGCUGCCGACCCAGCAAAGACGGACAGUGCAGUGUCACUAAGCACGGGGAAUGUCGUGGUCAAGGAACUGCUGAACGUGCAAUCACUAGUUAAGGCUUUAGCUAAUUGCUUCCCGAUCUCCAACAGAUCAGCCAAUUUGAUGUAUCCUACUGUCAACGCUUACGACUACUAUCACGAGUUGAUCACAGCCCUUGGUCCUCUGCUGAGAUCUGUGGUAACCCAAGAAGAGCUUGCCAUGCGUUGUGUACCAUGGAGCUGGAUUCAGCCAAAGAAACAACAGGAAUCCACUGACGGUGCCACUGGUACAGGCGAUGGCAGCAGCAACUCAGCUGGAGAUGACGAGGCUGCUUUGUCCUCUAUGUUGUCCCCUAACCAAUACCGCAUGGCCUGGGACAGGUUGAGACCGUCAACCAAGACAGAAUACUCUAGUUCCCGGUAUCGCAACUUUGAUACUAUCAACGCUGUCCUUCACUCCUCAAUGUCUGCCAUCUUUCCGCUACUGCAAACCUUUGGCAAGGCUCUGCUCUCCCGCUCACGAAAUGACCGAACAAGCAGUGAUCGUGACAAUUACAUCAGGGCUCAUCACGUCAAGCUGGCACACGAGCUGGGUGGCAUCCUGUAUGAUCAGCUUACUAUUCCCGAGAACCCGAGAACCCCUGCUCAAUUCCACUACUGGAUCAUCAUGACGCAUGCAACGCAUGAGGUCCUUUUCGAUCGCAGAUAUGACCCACGGGCUGAGAGAAAUGGGCAUCAAGCUUCCGCGUCUGUCCUUGUUGCCUUCAUGCAAAAGGGUGGCUUCAAGCAACUCAACUCAAUUCUGGAAAUCUUUGCCAGCGAGAUUAAUGACCCCAAUACCGGCGAGGACUCACCAUUGCGCAAAUUGGCUACGAUUGGUGUCAAGAAGAUUUUGAAGUUGUAUGCCAUUGUUGCCAACGGUAAGACCAUUGCCGAGGCUGUUGGACACACCGCAUUUCUCGGCAGGAGCUCUUCACGUUCACUAGAGAAUCAGAUCGCUCCAAAUCUUGUGGUCGAGCUCCGAAUGACACUUUUGCCGGUUAUACAAGAUCUAUGGAAGUCCCCCCUGAUCGAAAAUGAAGCAAAAGACUCGGAGGAAAUUGCAAACAAAGUCAUCGAUAUCUUAAAGUCUAUCUCCGGAGUUGACGGAACUGAACAUGGAGCAUACGGGCGUUCAGAGAAAAACACUCCCCCACUCCUGCUGAAGCAAGAGGAGGUAAAGUUCCCCUGGACCACUGUUGUGGAAUCGAUUAGUCGAGUGAGGGGCGAAGGCUACGACGGCCAGCUGGCCUCUGAAGCUGUCUUCAGAGCCAAUGGUGAUGCUAUACGUGCCAUCGAUUAUUGCAAGGCCCACAAGGCCGGAAUCGCUGGUGCACGCAAUCCAAUCCCCGAAGUCGAUGUGAUGAAUACCGAUCCAGAUGAGAUUGAGUCCACCUCCACCCCAACAGGAGAGCCUCAACCUGCCACUUCAGCCUCAGAUGAUCAGCCAAUGAUUGAUGCUGACCUUCCAGCCGAUCUUCCUGCUGGAAUUCUAGACAAUGAAAUACUUGGCGAUUUGAGGGAUGUUGCUCCUCUGGUGCCAGGAAUGGAAUGGACCGAAGGCAAUGCAACCUCGUCUACAGCACAAGAUGCUGCUCCAAUAUCAGCAGAUUCGGAGACUCGUUCUCAGACGGGUGUGCCUAGAGAAGAACUGGACGAAGCCCGCGUGAAGCUGCGUGAGGAUCUGAUUGACAGGUGCUUGGAUGUGAUAAGGGCCCAUCCCAGUAGCACCUAUGAGAUCUCUGAACUUAUCAACAACUCCGUCAUCCGCUCUUCGACGGACGAUUCUGCCAAGCAAGAAAUCGGCGAGACUCUUGUUAAUGCUCUCAUUUCAUUUGUCGCAGACGAAGAUCUAAAGCCGAACGGACGAAGCAUAUCUGCUUAUGCUCACUUGUUGUCACUGCUACUUCAGAAUCGCGGUUUUUUCACAGCCACAAUGGGGUCCCUCAGGGACAAUGUGACCGAAUUUCUCGGCUUUCUCCGGCCAGCAUCACCGGCAACCGAGGAAAUUGACCCCUGGAUACCUUAUAUUCUUCUCAUCUUCGAGAUAUUGUUGAGCGACGAUGAGCAGCCUAGCGACAUAAAGUGGAAAGCACCCACCAGCGAGGAUGACGUUAUUGAGCCACUUCAAUGGGCACCCAAGGACUUGAUUGUCAAUGAAAGUGAUCGACAAGCACUCCUGACAAGUAUACUUGACAUUCUGCCAAGGGUGAACAAAGCAGAGUCUCUCGCUGUGUCCGUAUUACGCAUCCUUGUCAUCCUAACUCGCAACAAGUCAACAGCACAAGUCGUUGGGGACAAGAAGAACCUUUCACGCAUCUUCGUCAUGAUGAAGCAGCUCUCCAGCUCUGGUUCAAACCGUCUAGGGGAUACACGCAUAUCUUCAUACGUGCUGACGAUUCUGCGUCACAUCAUCGAAGAUGAGGACAUCAUUAAGCAGCUCAUGCGUAGCGAGAUCCGAUCGUAUUUUGACAACGUGCGUUCACAGCGUAAUCCCGAUAUUGGCACCUACCUCAGGCAGAACUCCCAUGUGGCGCUUCGCGAUCCUCACCUUUUCGUGGACGUAUCCAAUGAAAUGGUCUGCAUUUCUCGUUGGAAUGCCGGAGAUAGCACUUCGCAAAGACAAACUGUGGCACUUAAGGCACAGAAACCUGAAACACCCAAAGAUGAUGUUGCACCAACAGUUCGGGCAACAGAAGACUUGUCUAUUCAAGACGUGAAACCCUCGACAGAAAGCACGGUCAAACCUACGACAGACGCGAUCAAGUCAGUCUUGCAGGACAUCAAGCGACCAAUCCUUGAAAACCCGGAUGGUGUCAUACAUUUCCUUCUCUGUGAAUUACUCAAUUACAGAGAAGUCGAGGAUAAGGAGCCCGUCCAACCAGCGGCGGACUCUAAAGAUAUUAAAGACACGGCAUCUCCAAAUCCCAACAGCGUGAACGAUUCUUCCGACAACAAAGACAAGAAGAAGCCCUCUUUCAAAGCCGAAGAACACCCCAUCUUCAUCUACAGGUGUCUCAUUCUUCGCUGUCUUAUCGAAUUACUCCAAAGCUAUAAUCAAACGAAGGUGGAAUUUAUCAACUUCAAGAGAAGCGCGCCAAUGCAGACAAACACCCCGAUUAAGCCGCGAAGUAGCGUCUUGAACUAUCUGCUUACGGACUUGCUUUGUGCCACUCCUCUUGAUGGCUCUUCUGAUACCCUUGCCGACAAAAAGAAGGCUGCUACAUCCAUUCAGGCUCAGAACCUCCUGGUUGCUCUGAUGGCCAAGACCAGCGAGAAGCCGGUGGACCGCACUCGUGAAAAGUUCGACUAUGACGAGGAAACUGACUUGCUCUUUGUGCGAAAAUUCGUCUUAGAUACCAUUUUGAAGGCUUACAAAGAUGCCUCGAGCUCCAACGAGGCUUUUGAUAUACGAUAUGGCAGGAUGCUUGCGCUCGCUGAUGUCAUGCAUCAGAUUAUGGGUGCUGAUAAAGACGGCAAGGUCCUCCCGUCAUCCCGGCAUCACCCUGAGCCAAUGCCCGAGCGCUCCCAUGCCCAGAUUAGGCGCCUCAUGUAUGAAAAAGGCUACUUGAAUACGCUCACUUCUUCUAUUGCCGAUAUCGACUUGGCAUUCCCGCCCGUCAAGAAGACUAUCAAGCAGAUACUGAAGGUAUUACGGGUACUUACCAGCACGGCGACUCAUCUAAGCAACGCCAAUAUACUGCCAGACUCGUCAACGACGCAAGAAGUCGAGGACGACAUCGCAUCCGCAACCUCGCUUUCUGAUCUCGAAGACGAUCGAGAAGAAACUCCCGAUCUGUAUCGCAACUCCGCGCUGGGUAUGCUUGAACCCGGUCGCGAUCCUGAUGAUGACUAUGAAUCAGGAUCUGGAGAAGAUGAUGAGGAGAUGUAUGAUGACGAGUACGGCGAAGAAAUGGAAUACGACGAAGACGUUUCCCUUGACGGUGAAAACGAUGUCAGCGACGAAGAUGAAGACGUGGAAGGCAUGGAGGGCAUGGAGGGCAUGGGUCAUAUUGAGGGCCUGCCUGGAGAGUUAGGCGUUGUCGAAGUCACCAUGGAAGAUGAUGACGAUGAAGACGACGAUGAAAUGGAUGAAGACGAUGAAGACAUGAGCGAAGAUGAUGAGGAGCUCGGUUCUGACGAAAUGGACGAGAUGGGUGACCAGAUCGAGAUCGUCGACGACGAAGGCAAUCCAGUUGAGGACGAUGGUGCAUCAGGCUGGGAGAGUGAUACCGACGAUGAAGGCGAAGUUGAUGAAGACGACGAGCACGACCUGCAUGACUAUGAAGCUGCCGCACAGGAGAUGAUCGAACAAGGCCAUCAACAUGAGCUUGGCGCAUUCGGUGGCCUUAUCCCAGCACUGGACGAAGAAGAUGACUACGACGGCGGUGACGACGUGAACAUUCAUCCAUACCCUGAAGAGGAUGAGGACGAUGAUGACGACGACGACGAGGAUGAAGAUGACAUGGACGAAGACGACUAUGCUUUCGAACCUUAUCUUGACGACGGUCCUCCCCCCCAUAUCUUAUCUAGUAGUAUGGGCUGGGAUGUAUUUGAGGAUGGUCUUGGCGGUGGCCACAACCACCGACACAGACAUGGUUUCAGAGGUCCCUUUCCGCCUAUUCCUCUGAUGAUGGGGGGGCCUAGGGAUCCCCUCCUGGCUGCGAUGCGAAACACCUUCAUGCGACCCGGCCGAAAUGAUCGAUCCGGCACCAAUGACGAUGGCCUUAAUCCCCUCCUCCGACGUGUUAAUGAACCAGGACGCGAUGGCCCAUCCCGGCCACACGGCUCCCUAGCCCGUAUCCUGCGCGGCCAUGGCGGAAGCCCGCUUGCGUUGAUCAACGAACUAAUCACAAACCAACUACCUGCUUUGGGUGGUGGUGGCCCCCCAUUGCAGUUCCACAUUAGUGCUGCCGGCUCCAAUGGUGAAAUCCAGGAGAUUACUGUUCCUAUUACCCAUUCUCGCGAUCCGAUAGCCGAGACUCGACAUGGCAACCAAGAUCCUUCACAAGCGUCAACAUUUUCUACGGAGAAUACGAUCAGUCGAUGGCACGAAGAGGCCAAGAUGGUAUUCGGUCAGAACCAUGCUGAAAAAAUCGUGAAGCUCCUACCCGCACUACUCUACUACCUUGUCCCGCCCGCAAUCCAGCGAGAUAAGGAGCAGAAGGCCAAGGAUGCUGAGAUCAAACGCAAGCAAGAAGAAGAGCGCAAAAAGCGCGAGGAAGAGGACCGUCAGGCAAGAGAAGCCAAGGAAGCUGAAGACAAAGCUGCCCGUGAAAAGGUGGAAGCAGAGGAGCGUGAGCGCGCCGAAGCCGAAGCUGCUGCUCGGGCAGCUGCGAAUCCCACUUCAGCUGAAGGCGCAAAACACGAUGACGAUGUAGAUGCUAUGGAGGGUGUCGAGAGUAACGACCAACCGACAACGCCUUCUCAGCAGACGGCUGAUCAGCCUCGCGUCACAACCAUAAUCCGCGGCGAGGAAGUUGACGUGACAGAUUUGGGCAUUGAUGCUGAUUAUUUGGAGGCGCUCCCCGAAGAGUUCAGAGAAGAAGUUAUUGCUCAAGCAGUCACACAACGUCGAUCGCAAGCCCGGGAAACGCCCCGACGCGCCGGAGAACAGCCCGAGGUCUUUCAGGAGUUCCUUGAUGCUCUUCCUGAAGACAUCCGCCAAGAGAUUGUGCAACAGGAACGUGCAGAGCAACGGCGUCGCGAUCGUGAAGAAGCCAGACGCCAGCAAGCUGCCGCUGCAGGUCAAGGUCCCGUUGCUCAGGAAAUGGAUACAGCUAGUAUCCUGAUGAGUUUUCCGCCCGACCUUCGCGAACAAGUACUUCUGGAUCAAGGGCCGGAUUUGAUGGACUCUUUGCCUCCGGAAAUGGCGGCUGAAGCCCGACGCUUGGUUCGCCAUAACCCUGCCGUCGUGCAUCGCCAUCGAGAUGGUGUAGGCUCUGGCCAAGCUGCAGCAUCAGGUCAGCCCAGCGGCAGUGUGAACUUGAACAUCAGACCUGAACGCAAGACUGUCGUUCAAAUGCUCGACAAAUCCGGCGUCGCAACGUUACUUCGACUCAUGUUCAUCAAUAUUAAGAGCGGUACGAUGGAAAACCCGUUGAAGCACGUAAUCAAGGACAUAUGUCAAAAUAAGCAAACCAGACUCGAUGUUGUGAGCACACUGCUCCAGAUCUUGCAAGAUGGCACGACCGAUUUGGAGGCCGUCGAGCGCAGCUUUACUCAACUGUCUAUCAAAGCCAAGCAAUCAUCCAAGGACAAGGAGGGUAAGACACCGCAGUCGCACUUGAAGCGGUCGUUGACAAAUACUACUACCAACGCCAACCCGACCAUCACCAAUUCUGAGACCUCGCCCGUUCUUAUCAUCCAGCAAUGUCUUGACUUACUUUGUUUCCUGGCUGACGAAGAUGUUCACAUCCCGGCGCUUUUCUUGACUGAACAUGAUACUGUUGCCUCGAGUUUAAAGCGCAGCUUGAGCCGUAAGGGCAAAGGCAAAGUUCCUGACCUAAAGUCUCAUAAGUAUGCCAUCAACUCCUUGUUGGCACUACUUGACCGUGAUCUAGUCAUCGAAAGCUCAACUAUUAUGGAUAGUUUGUCCCAAUUGCUUGGCCGAGUCACUCUACCCCUUCUUGGUCUGGACCGUAAGCUGAAGGAGGCCGACGAGACUAUCAAGAAGCUCGAUAAGGAGAUCGAGGAAGGUGAAGCAGUAGUAGCAAAGGCUGCAAAAUCCGAGGUUGGCUCGGAAACUAGCCAGCCUGCGACCCUCGAACAAACCGAUAUCGGUGCAGAAACCACGACAGCAACAUUGGGCGCCACGACUGAUGCCCAUGCUACUGCUGAACCUAUCACGCCCGGGAAGGCGGCUGAGAGUGUUGCCAAGGCUAAAGAGAAACGCGAUGCUCUUCAAAAGAGGAUCAAAACAUAUGUUCCCCCACAGAUCCCCGUUCACAACUUGAAACUGGUCAUCAACAUCUUUGUGGCGCGGGAGUGUAGCUCGAAAACCUUCAAGGAGACUUUGUCAGCUAUCAAGAACCUCUCCGUCAUUCCCGACGCCAUGGACGUCUUUGGCGAGGAACUAGCAAGACAGUCCCGUCUUCUCAGCGAAAAGAUUGUUGUCCACCUCGACGAGCUACUUCCCCACAUCGAAAAAGCUUCAACUGGUACGGAGAUCCAAGGAGUGGCCCUGGCUAAGUUUUCUCCUGGCGCUGCGGAUCAAAACAAGUUGCUGCGUAUCCUCACAGCACUGGAUCACCUUUUUUCCUCAAAGAAGUCUGACUUCACAUCUGGCUCUGGGCCUAGUAAUGAGACCAAGUUUGAUCUGCUCGCUACUCUCUACCGUAGCCCUACAUUCCACGCCCUUUGGGAGAGACUGAGCUCAUGCUUGAGUGCUAUUCGACAACGAGAAAGUCUCAUAAGCGUUGCCACCAUACUGCUUCCGUUGAUCGAAACACUCAUGGUUGUCUGCAAAGAUACAGCCAACCCGGAACCAGUCGCAACUCAGCAAGUUUCAAUCGCAAGUCCGGCACCAGAAUCUCCCAUGACCAAUCUUUUCCUCAAUUUUACCGAAGAGCAUCGUCGUAUUCUCAACGAGCUUGUUCGCAACAAUCCAUCGUUGAUGAAGGGGACCUUUCAAAACCUCGUCAAGAACCCUAAGGUCCUUGAGUUCGACAACAAGCGCAAUUGGUUCAACCGCAGCGUUCAUAACAGGAACCAGAUUCGUGAUGGGCGAACGUUCCCUUCACUGCAACUGUCUGUCCGCCGUGAUCAGGUCUUCCAUGACUCUUUCAGGUCGCUCUACUUCAAGAGUGGCGAUGAGAUGAAGUUUGGCAAAUUGAACAUCCGCUUCCAUGGCGAAGAGGGUGUUGACGCGGGUGGUGUGACGCGAGAGUGGUUCCAGGUCCUCUCGAGACAGAUGUUCGAUGCCAACUAUGCCUUGUUUGUCCCUGUGUCCAGCGACCGCACAACUUUCCACCCGAACAAGCUUAGCGGCAUCAACGAUGAGCAUUUGAUGUUCUUCAAGUUCAUUGGCCGCGUCAUUGGCAAAGCUCUUUACGAAGGUCGCGUCCUUGACUGUUAUUUCAGCCGUGCUGUGUACAAGAGAAUCCUUGGCAAGACCGUGUCAGUCAAGGAUAUGGAAUCCUUUGAUCCAGACUACUACAAGUCCCUUGUCUGGAUGCUUGAGAACGACAUUACUGAUAUUAUCACUGAGAUGUUCUCAGUUGAGACGGAUGAGUUUGGUGUUACCAGAACAGAAGAUUUAUGUGAAAAUGGUCGCAACAUUCCCGUCACCGAGGAUAACAAGCAGGAUUACGUCCGUCUUGUUGUUGAGCACAAGCUGCUGAGCUCGGUCAAAGAGCAGAUGGAACAUUUCUUGAAAGGUUUCCACGAGAUCAUUCCUGCGGAGUUGGUUUCCAUCUUCACUGAGCAGGAGCUUGAACUGCUCAUCUCGGGUCUGCCUGACAUUGAUGUCGAUGACUGGAAGAGCAACACGGAGUACCAAAACUACACACCGUCGAGUCAACAGAUCCAGUGGUUCUGGCGUGCAAUCCGCUCAUUUGACAAGGAAGAACUAGCCAAGCUUUUGCAGUUCGUGACGGGAACCAGUAAGGUGCCUCUCAACGGUUUCAAGGAGCUGGAGGGCAUGAAUGGCGUCAACCGCUUCAACAUCCAUCGCGACUAUGGCAACAAGGACCGCCUGCCCAGUUCACACACCUGUUUCAACCAGCUUGAUCUCCCCGAAUACGAGAGCUAUGAAACUCUCCGCGCACAAGUUUUGAAGGCAAUCACUGCUGGUAGUGACUACUUCGGCUUUGCCUAA